ACUCUUCUUCCUCGUCGUCGAUUACAUGUGGAAAAAAGGGGGGAUACACACACACACAAACACACACAUUGAGAAGAGUGGGGCUUUUCUCGCAUCCGGAUGAGGUGCGCCGACCCACGCACAAAUGGACCCGAGGACUAUUUCACGCCAAGCAUUUAGACACUGAAGGCUAACUACCACGACGGCUAUGGUUUCACUAUGCUGUGAGAAGUGCUGCCUUGUGGAUACAGUCAAGGAGCACGUUCCCAACUCCAUCCCAAUCUUUCACCACAGGCUGUCCCCAUACUCGCCCUCCGCCCAUCCUAGGCAUAGAGAGAAUGGCAUCCCCGUAGAAACAUCCCUCCCUGCAAGCUCAUAAGAAUUCUUAUCACUUACCAUGCAGAUUGGGAUUCUUUGAAGGAGGCAUACGACAAGUACAGGAGGCCUGAGGAGGAAUAAAAGGCAAUAAGAAAAUCUAGAAAAUAUGCUCACCGAAGGGAUAAGAUUUCUCCUGAAAUGUAAAAGUUUACAUUUUGAGCGUCAAACUGUAAUUGUACGUACAAUCUCGUAAAUCAACAGUUUUGUUUUUGUAAGCCUCCUGAAGUUGACACACACUCACCGGUCUCAUGAUGAUGUGCGAAGUGAUGCCCACCAUUUCUGAGGAUGGGCGAAGCGGCACGGCCGGGGGGUCCUCCUCUCCGGCCGGGACUGGGGUGGGAGGCCCUGGCGGUGCCAUGGGAGGCGGAGGAGGAGGGGGCUUUGGCGGGAGGGAUAUUCGAGGCGGAGGCGAUGAAGGGGGCAGCACAGGCAACCUGGAGUCUCUGAUGGUCAACAUGCUGACGGAGAGAGAGAGGCUGCUGGAAAACCUGAGGGAGACGCAGGAGAGUCUGGGAACGGCACAACUACGCCUACGAGAGCUCAGUCAUGAGAAGGAAUCGCUUCAGAGGCAGCUCUCGAUUGCUCUGCCACAGGAGUUUGCCGUGUUGACAAAAGAGCUCAACGUUUGCCGGGAGCAGCUUCUGGAGAGGGAGGAGGAGAUUGCUGAGCUCAAGGCGGAGAGAAACAACACACGUUUGUUGCUGGAACAUCUGGAAUGUCUGGUGUCCCGUCACGAGCGCAGUCUGAGGAUGACGGUGGUCAAGAGGCAAGCCCAAUCACCAGCGGGGGUAUCCAGUGAGGUGGAAGUCCUCAAGGCCCUCAAGUCUCUCUUUGAGCACCACAAGGCUCUGGAUGAGAAGGUUCGAGAGCGUCUCCGAGUGGCCCUCGAGAGGGUGUCUAUGUUGGAGGAUCAAUUAGCUGCGUCUUCUCAAGAGGUAAUCUCUUUAAGAGACCAAAUUAAAAGACGUCAACAAGGGGUGGACGGCGGGAAAGAUCGACUACCCAAUGGUCCUGCCUCUGGGUUGGAGGACAGCGAGUUGGAGAGACAGCGGGAAGUAGAGAUAGAGCGUCAGAGAGCUGAACUCUCCCAGUUAAGAGAGAGGCUGGCCCUCAUGUGCCGGCAGGUUGGCGAAAUAGAGGAACAGCUUGCCGCCGCCAGGAGGGAGGUGACAAAGUCGGAGGAGGCCAAUCAGAAGCUGCAAAGGGAAGUGAAAGAGGCCCUUUGCCAAAGGGAGGACAUGGAAGAAAGGAUAACAACACUAGAACGCAGGUACCUCAGCGCCCAAAGGGAGGCCACGUCCCUCCAUGAUAUCAAGGACAAGCUGGAAAAUGAGCUGGCCAGCAAGGAGUCCCUUCAUAGGCAGAGUGAAGAGAAGAAUAGACAACUGCAAGAACGUCUAGAUGAAUCCAAACAGAAGCUCCAGCAAACCCUACAAAGAGCUGAGACGCUUCCUGAGAUCGAAGCGCAGCUCGCACAAAGGGUUGCUGCUCUCAACAAGGCAGAAGAGCGCCAUGGUAACUUUGAGGAACGGCUACGACAAAUGGAAGCUCAACUUGAAGAGAAAAACCAAGAGCUACAGAGGGCGAGGCAGAGGGAAAAAAUGAAUGACGAACAUAACAAACGACUCUCAGAUACCGUAGACAAACUUCUGUCCGAGUCCAAUGAGAGACUUCAGCUGCAUCUAAAAGAGAGGAUGGCGGCACUGGAAGAGAAGAAUGCGCUCUCUGAAGAACUGGCCAAUAUGAAGAAAAUUCAAGAUGACCUUCUUGCUAAUAAGGAGCAGCUCCUUGCUGAGCUGGAAAGGAUCCAAUUGGAGCUAGACCAGCUGAGGGGCAGGCCUGGCUCAUCUUAUUCCAGGGCGGGCAGCGUGAGCUCACUUCCAUCCACCUUGUUUCGAAGAUCUCUUCCGGGCAGCGCCUCAGAGCUGCGGUACCCGCAAGGUGGGGGGUCUCUCCCGGCGGGUUACACCAGCUCCUCUGGUGGGGUGGUGGUCCGACGGACUCACCGCGGCCGUUGGGGGCAAGCUCGGGACGACUGUAACAAGUAUGGUGACUGGGAUACUGGCAAUAUGAUGGGUCCCGGGUUUGAUGGCGUGGAAGGAGUUUGCUCCGACGACGAAGAUGACAGGGAGACUCUGUUUGGAUCGGAGUUGUUGUCGCCGAGCGGGCAGACAGAUGUCCAGACUUUGGCCAUCAUGCUACAAGAGCAACUGGAGGCUAUCAACAAGGAGAUUAAGCUCAUCCAGGAGGAAAAGGAGAGCACAGAGUUGAGGGCAGAGGAGAUUGAGAGUCGGGUUAGCAGCGUGGCCCUAGACGCGCCCCCAAUUCCACCCUCUUCGCUCGGUGGACGGGACAGCGUCGGUCGGGGAUACAUGACCCCCUCCAUCACCUCCUCUACGUUGGCGUCUCCCUCACCCCCCAGCUCUGGCCACUCCACCCCCCGCCUGCCGCAUUCUCCUGCCAGAGAGACUGACAGACAGAACAGCAAAGAUGGUGAAGAAUGCCAAGCACUCGCCUUGAUUGAUUCUAACCCUCCCGCUGUCCCGCGAGCCCUACGGCUGGACCGGAUGACACACACUCACCCAGGAGCAGGGCUCGAUGACCACAGGGAAUUUCGCAGUCUAUCUGCCGAUGGAGGCAUCACCGCCAGCCAGGAUUCUCUCCAUAAAGCCAGCAAAAAGAAAAGCAUUAAGUCCUCAAUCGGGCGUCUUUUUGGUAAAAAGGAAAAGGGGAGGAUCGGCGCACCUGGACGCGAGUCUACCUCUUUGGCCUCCACGCCUUCAGAUGACUUGGGCCCAGCGGACCCAUUGGGCCUGGCCAAACUCGGGACCGGAACAGUUGAAAAGGACCGUCGGAGCAAAAAGAAGCAUGACCUGCUCGAGGAGGCUUGUCGUCAAGGUUUGCCUUUUGCCUCAUGGGAUGGGCCAACGGUUGUCACAUGGCUUGAGUUGUGGGUAGGGAUGCCUGCAUGGUAUGUGGCAGCAUGCCGCGCCAAUGUAAAGAGCGGCGCCAUUAUGGCCAACUUGUCGGACACAGAGAUCCAAAGAGAGAUCGGCAUAAGCAACCCCCUCCACAGGCUCAAACUCCGCCUGGCCAUUCAAGAGAUGGUUUCCCUCACCAGUCCGUCGGCACCCGCAAGCACACGCUCGUCGACCAGUAAUAUCUGGAUGACACAUGCUGAGAUGGAGUCACUCGCUGCUGCCACCAAGCCGGAGGUGAAAGAGUUCAGCUGGGAUCAGAUCCUGGCUUAUGGGGAUAUGAACCAUGAGUGGGUGGGAAAUGAGUGGCUGCCCAGUCUGGGUUUGCCCCAGUAUCGCUCUUACUUCAUGGAGUCACUGGUGGACGCCCGAAUGCUUGAUCACCUCACCAAGAAAGAGCUAAGGGGCCAACUGAAGAUGGUGGACAGUUUCCACAGGGUGAGUCUUCAUUAUGGCAUCAUGUGCUUAAAGCGCUUGAACUACGACAGAAAGGAGCUGGAAAGGAGGAGGGAGGAUAGUCAGCAUCAGAACCAAGAUGUGAUGGUGUGGUCCAAUGAGCGUGUGAUGUGUUGGGUGCAGUCCAUCGGUCUCAAAGAGUUUGCAGACAACCUAUUAGAAAGCGGAGUCCACGGAGCACUCCUGGCUCUCGAUGACACCUUCGACUACACCGACUUGGCCCUCCUUCUCCAGAUACCCAAUCAGAACACACAGGCAAGACAGCUCUUGGAAAAGGAGUACAAUGCUCUCAUCUCCAUGGGAACAGAGAGGAGGCCAGAUGAGGACGGCACUAAAACAUUCACACGAUCACCCUCGUGGAGGAAAAUGUUCCGAGAGAAAGAUCUUCGCGGCGUGACAUCCGACUCUUCGGAAACGUUACCGGCCAACUUCCGUGCCUCUGCAAUCUCGACCCCUUCUGUCACUUUGAGAAAAGUCCAAAGUGAAGUGAACUCGGGUCAACGAGGAGAGUCGGCGUCAGUGAGAACGUAUUCCUGCUAAGAAAAAAAGCACAUCAGACCUCUAUCACCAUCCUGACCUGAGGAAGCCCAGGAAGUGACAUUAGAGUCGGACGUCUCAAAGAAUCAAAGACUCUGAGUUUAUGAGGUCAAAAGAUAUAAUAAUGAAUGGAUGCCUUUUUAAUCAUCUCUCUGUCUUUAUCUCUCAAUCCAUUGUUGUGGCAUGAUGCUGUUUGAUUCUGUAGAAAGUGACCAACACCUAUCAUGAAUUCAAGUUCCCUUUUCGGGUGUGCGAUGGCAAUACUGACACAUUGAAUUUAUAGUUUUGGGCACUUGUGUUCAGAACAAUACAUUCUUUCAGGUAAAUUGGAUAAUAAUUUGAUAAGUGAAUAAUACAAACUCUUGGUGUCAUGACAUUACAGUUCAGGACAGUUUUGAGUGGUAAUGUGUAUGUUCUGAAGCCAUAAAAUAAAUGCCGGAUGCACAAGUGGGAACAGGACUGACAGUGAGACAAUAAGCAAAGUGCUUUAUGACCCGUUGAAACCGGAAAAUAAGUGAAAACGCAUUUGUGUUCAUAUGCAUGCCAAAAUCAACCAUUUUAGAGUGAACGUCUGUCAUCUAAUGAUGUGGAAGCUUGGAUCUAAGAACUUUGUAAAAUGUGUGUGUUUUAUUUUUAUCAUUUUUUAUGAUAAUUGCUAUUGUAUGUAUGUACAGUAUGUAUGCGUGUAAACUAUAUGUUCAUUUCAUACUUAGUUUUCAGGUGGAUGGUAAUUUCAUUUUAGCUUAACAAAAAUAAAUAUGUUUUAAACGAUGGACAGUCAAGAUAUGCGACUUGUAUGUGUACAUUUUGGAAAAACAAAUUGUCUUUUGGGUUAAGUUGAUAUUACUGGAGAGUAGUGAUGACCAAUUGAAUAUUAUAUGAUAAUAAUAAUGAUUAUGAUUGUAAAAGCUGUAAUUAAAAAACAAACAAAC